AUGCGGCUCCACCGAUUUGUCGUGAAGCAUUUGCGUCAGGAGGUUGACCAAUCAACGAUAGGCGACUACGAGAUUCCAGACGUGAUUUUAAACUCAUACGCUCGCCAGAUCAAAGUCGUUAGCAUCGGAAGUGGCAUCAGCGGCAUUCUCAUGUCCUAUCUGAUCCAAAAGUUCGGAGAGAACAUCGACCAUGUCGUAUACGAGAAGAAUGGUGACAUUGGAGGGACAUGGCUUGAGAACAGAUACCCAGGCUGCGCUUGUGACGUUCCCUCGCACGCUUAUGCAUUUUCCUUUGCGCUCAACUCCGAUUGGCCCAAGUACCUUAGCCCAUCAGAGGACAUCUUCCGUUAUCUAGAUCGAGUUGUCGCUUGCUUUGGGUUGCGAAAGUUUAUGCAAUUCAACUCUACCGUGACGGCCUGCGAAUGGAACGAAGCAGAGGCGAAGUGGCAUAUCCAGAUCCAAGAUUCGCUCAGCGGAGAAACCAGAGAAGAUGUCGCAGACGUCGUCAUUAACGCGAGCGGCAUUCUCAACUCAUGGAAGUUCCCCGAAGACGUGGAGGGCUUGCAUUCCUUCAAAGGGCGGCUGAUUCACACGGCGCGCUGGCCGUCGGACUACAAUGAGGAACAGUGGAAGGGUGACCGCGUCGCCGUGGUCGGCUCUGGGGCUACGAGUAUGCAGGUUGUGCCGACGAUGCAACCGCAUGUUAAGAAGAUGGAUGUUUUUGUCAGAACGCCCGUCUGGUUUGCUGAGUUUGCCGAUCAUAAUGGCGAGAAUUUUGACUAUACCGUAGAAGACCGCGAGGCUCUGAAACACAACCCAGAGGCUUUAGUCAACAAGGCCAAGUACAUCGAAGACAAGUUGAAUACAGCAGCAGGCCUUAAGGCAUUCAUGACCUCUAGCGCCGAAGCAAGAUUGAUCCGCGACCAUUUCACGGCCCGGAUGCGCAAGUACAUCCCCAACGACACAAUCUUUGAGCAACUCCUGCCCGAUUUUGCGGUUGGAUGUCGACGGCUCACACCGGGGAACCCGUAUAUGAAAGCAGUGCAGGAGGGGAAUGUCGAGCUACAUCGCUGCGCUGUCACCAAGGUCACUCCAACAGGUCUUGUUGGCUCGAGUGGAGAUGAGGUUUCGGUCGACACGAUUAUCUGCGCCACGGGUUUCGAUGUCAGCUUCCGCCCGCGGCAUAUAGUUAUUGGCCGAAAUGGUGUCACGCUCCAAGCCAAGUGGAGAAAUGUCCCCGAGGGAUAUCUCAGUGUUGCUGUCCCUGACAUUCCAAACUACUUUACAGUAAUGGGCCCGUCGUUUCCCAUUGCCAACGGCAGCGUCAUGGGGCCCCUACAGGCUGUGGGAAAGUACAUCUUCAAGAUCAUCCAGAAAAUGCAGCGCGACCACAUUAGAUCUCUCUCGCCCAAACAGUCCGUCACAGACGAUUUCAACGAGCACGUGCAGGCCUGGAUUGGCGGCACGGCGUGGUCAGAUCCCAAGUGCCGGUCUUGGUACAGGGACAAUAAGACCGGACGUGUGAAUGCCAUCUGGCCUGGUGGAAGUCUGCAAUUCUGCGAAUUGGUUGGGGAGCCGCGGUAUGAGGAUUUUGAGAUUCAGUACCAAAACAAACACAACAUGUGGGGAUUCCUUGGUCUUGGGUUUACGAAAGACAUGUCGGUUGAGGGCGGAGAUUUGAGUCCGUAUCUUUCGCUGGAUGAGGUUGAUAUGGAGUUUGUCAAUUAUUCACCUGAUAAGAAGGCGGAAGACGAAAGAGUUAAGCAGUUGGGUCGCAUGGCACAUGACGUUCAAAAGCAUUAA